GUUGGCUCCAACAAUUCGCAUUGGUCUCAAACCAAUGACAUGCAUUUUCAAGACCAUGAGUUCGAGGUGGACGAGGAGGGUGAGGGCAUUGUCGACGCACCGAAAGGAAGAGCGGGCAAUUACACCAACACCGAUGACAUCUUACUAUGCAAUACUUGGUUGCAAGUGUCGAGGAAUCCAUCCGUUGGAGGUGAUCAAAGUAGAGAUGCUUAUUGGAACCGGAUGAAGGAACACUUUGAUGAUCGCAACAUGAGUGGAAUUGACCGCUCCAACCGAUCACUUAGGUCCCGGUGGUCGACAAUCAACUCAGAUUGUCAAAGGUGGGCGGCUUGUCAAAAGGCGGUUGACAAGUUGAACCCAAGUGGCACAAAUGAGGACGAUAGAUACAACUUUACGCAAAACUUGUUCAAAAAAGAGGAGAGGAAAACCAAGAAGGGGAAGAUCAAGAAAGGAAGAGUCUUUACUUUGCCUCAUUGCUAUGAUGUGUUGAAGGAUGAUGAGAAAUGGAAGAAGCGUGAAGAUUUGGAUGAUUUGCAUUUGAGCGACAAACGGAAGCGAACAAUUAAGUUGGAUGAUGAUGAUGAUGAGGAUGAUGCAUCAAGUGAUGACGGCAAGAGAAGCCCCACACCCAACUCGGUUUCAUACUCGAAGCCAAAGCGGCCGGAUGGGUGCAAGAAAGACAAAACCGAAAAGAAGAAGAGGAAAGGAGAUAAUGAGCUCAAAAAUGCUAUGGAAGCUAUUGUGAAGGCAAGAAAAGAAGCCAACGAGGUGAGGAAAAUGGCAAGGACCCAAGAUGCCGUGGCCGAGGAGAGAAGGUUGGCGGCCGAGGAGAGGAGGGUGGCGGCCGAGGAGAGGAAGGUGGCUUUGGAGGAGAGGAGGGUGGCGGCCGAGGAGAGGAAGGUGGCUUUGAAGGAGAGAAAGGUGAGCAAUGAGGAGCGAACUAGAUUGUUGGAAUGGGAGAAGCACUUGUUCUUCUUGGACACAACUAACCUCAAUGCGGCGCAAAAGGAGUAUGUCAAUCUUGCCCAACAAGAAGUCUUGAUCCAAAAAAGAGCCAUGUUGAGGAUUAUCCUUCAAAAGAAGGGGAUUGCUAACUGGGGACUUUAG